CGACGUACACCACAACAACUCUCCUCUCAGUAUUCGAGAUGGAUGCACAGGUCAAAUAUCUUCUGUCUCUCGAUGCCAUCCGGGAUCGUGCCAAAAUCGUCGGCGAGGCUGCCAAAGCGGGGAAGCUGAGCCACUUCAACGUGCAUGAUGAGAAGCUGGGCGCCGUUGCUGACUACGUUACGGCUGUCAUCAAACGCGACUACGGACCGGAUAAGUAUGGACAAAUCCCUCCGCACGGGAGGUGGCAGCACUUCGAAGUUGGAAAUCAACCGCGCAUUGAUGAUCUCCUUUCGCAAUGGAAGACGGAAGGCCAUGAUGAUAAGGAGCUCACACGGAGGUUGAUUGAUCUAUUUUUCGUCUCCGUUUUGUUGGAUGCGGGCGCGGGAGAUCACUGGCGGUACGUAGAACCGGGAACAGAGCAGAUGUUUGAGCGCAGCGAGGGCAUCGCGGUAGCGAGUCUGUACAUGUUCAAGGAGGGGGCAUUCGCUUCGUUACAAGCCAACAAGAUGAUUGUAGAUGGGAAGGGCCUCGAACAACUAACCAGUUCCGCUCUCGCAACCGGCUUCCAGAUCUCAGACCGCAACCCCAUGCUCGGCGUAGACUCACGCACCAACCUUCUCAAAAGCCUAGGAACCUCCCUACUUGCUCACUCCAACGUCUUCGGGCCCGAAGGCCGACCGGGGAAUAUAGUUGACUACAUGCUCAAAACGGCGACCGAUACUUCAAGCCUCGACAUCCUCCGCUUCUGGGACGUCCUCCAGGAGCUGCUAAUCCCCAUCUGGCCCCGUGACCGCACAGUCGUACAUGGAUGCCCCAUCGGCGAUGCCUGGCCACUCAGCACGCUCAGGACCGCUUCUUCAUCGACGUCGGUCCCCAACACCACAGACGCAGAUUUCAUCCAGCCGUUCCACAAGCUGACGCAGUGGCUCACGUACUCUCUCACCGUCCCAUUCACCCGCCUUCUGAAACUCACCUGGACACACAUGGAUUCCAUGACCGCUCUGCCUGAGUAUCGCAACGGUGGAUUGUUCGUGGACCUCGGCGUGCUUAGUCUAAAACCUGACACUCUCAAACGCGGUUUGGCUUCGUCGGGGGGAGCGCUGCCUCAGUUCGGCGCCGGAGACGAUGCCGUUGUGGAGUGGCGUGCUAUGACGCUCGUGCUGAUCGACAAGCUGUAUGCGAUGGUGAAGGAGCGUAUGAAUGGCGUGGAGCUGAGCAUGGCGCAGUUGCUGGAGGCGGGAACCUGGAAGAGUGGUCGGGAGGUGGCGAAGGAGAAGAGGCCUGAUACUAAGAGCAGUCCGAUUUUAAUCGAGAGUGACGGGACUGUCUUCUGAUCAGCCAUUCCUAGACUCUUUAGUUUCCGCAGGUUAUAGUUCUUGGCAAGUUUGACUAUGCAUGUUAUUGAAGCACGGAUUGAACUAUGUCUGUAUCGAACGCCCGUAAGAAUGAGACAUUCCAAC